AGCACACAGCCACCACAUACCAGGAGAAGUUCUCCGGAAUCCUAGAACGUCCCUACGAACCGUUGUUCAUACCGAAAUGUGACGGUAAGAUGUACUACGAUCUACCGGAACAUUACCUGGCCGAUCGGUACAAAGCCAUCGGUCAAUAUCUCGGAGAACGUUUCGGAGCUGAUGUUGAGGCGCACGUUGCGGUCAAGGACGUCGGAACUCCGGACAUUGACUUUGCCAAGAAAAUUCCGAGGCAUGGUAACUUUACGCCACUGUGUAAGUCACAUGGUGAAAUCGCAACCGAGUUGAUACAACUGUUUCUCGAUCAACCGGAUCCGGAUACGCUGCUGGGUUUGGCUGCCUACUGUAGACCCCGAUUGAAUCCGGAACUUUUCCAGUAUUGUCUGUGCGUUGCCUUGCAACAUCGGGAUGAUAGUCGGGACGUUCCCAUUCCGAUGGCCAUUGAAACUUUCCCCCAGAAGUUUGUCGAUGCCACUGUGCUAUCUGAACUGCGAGAGGAAGCGAAUGCCGUCGAGCAGGGAAAUAGGAUUUCAAUUGAAGUCCCUCCGAAUUUCACCGCCGACGAUCGGGAACCGGAACAGAAGGUGGCCUACUUCCGGGAAGACAUCGGUUUCAAUCUUCAUCAUUGGCACUGGCAUCUGGUUUAUCCGCCCUUCGGUCCUCGGUCUGUGGUCGAUAAAGAUCGUCACGGGGAACUUUUCUACUAUAUGCACACGCAAAUGUUGGCUCAUUACAACAACAACCGAUUCUGCAAUGGGUUGGAGCGAGUGGUUCCCCUCGAGAAUCUACGCGAAACCAUCAAGGUUGCCUACUUUCCCAAGUUGAUGAAUGGUUCCGUCAAUCGAACGUAUCCGGCGAGAUAUGAGAACAUGACCCUGAAAGACGUCAAUCGAGAUGACUUUUUCCUGUUCUUAACGGUUGAAGAUCAGGAAAUCUUCUUGAAGCGCAUUACGGCGGCCAUCGAUGCUGGAUUUGUCGAAUUGCCUGACGGCUCCAAGCAGUCUCUUAAGAACAAAAAAGGGAUCGACACACUGGGCAAUAUCAUCGAAUCUUCCGCUCUUUCGGUGAACGAUUUCUACGGUAACGUGCACAACGACGUCCACAUGCUUCUGUCGUUCAUCCAUGAUCCGGAGGGUCUGUAUAUGGAAUCUUACGGAGUUAUGGCCGACACCUCGAUUUCGGCACGGGAUCCCAUUUUCUUCCGCUGGCACACGAUGAUUGAUGAGCUCUGUUGGCGUCACAAGAACACUCUCGAUCCCUACGCUGAAAAAGAUCUGCUGUUCCUGGGCGUUGAAGUGAUUCAGCUGCAAACGCUUCUGCAAGGCACAGGACCAGCUCCUCGAGAGAACACCCUGAUGACCUUUUGGCAACGCACUCAAUUCAACUUGGGUACUGGACUGGAUUUCAACCCCACGGGCGAUAGUUUCGUUACGUUCACUCAUCUACAGCAUACCCCGUUCACCUUUAGGCUUCAAGUUCGCAACAGUUUUAGCAGCCCAAGGCAAGGUACGGUUCGACUUUACCUGAUUCCCACGACUGAUGCUGAUGGCUCUAACCUUGGCCUCAAAGAUCGUCGUCGUUACGCAAUGGAGUUGGAUUCGUUCAAAGUAGUUCUUCAGCCUGGUUUAACCAACAUCGUGCGAAGGUCGGAAAACUCGAGCGUUACAAUUCCCUACGAGAGGACGUUCCGUAACAUACAACAAUCUGCUCUGACCGGUGAUCAAGGCUUCCGUUUUUGUAACUGUGGAUGGCCUGAUCAUCUACUGAUUCCGAAGGGAACACCGACCGGUACAAACUAUGAUCUAUUUGCGAUGGUCUCUGACUAUGACAAGGAUUUUGUGCUCAAUUUUGACGAAAACCUCAACUGUAACGAUUCCCAUUCCUUUUGUGGACUGAGGGAUGCAAAAUAUCCUGACGCUCAAAACAUGGGCUUCCCGUUGGAUAGAAAGUUCCCGCUGGAGGUCAAGGAACUGGAUGAUUUUGUGAAGAAAUAUCCCAACAUGAGAAGCACAAAGGUGCAAAUAAAGUUUACCAAUACAGUUAUUGCUAGAACCUGAAAACUGUUAUCAGAACCGGAUGGUUUACUCAAU